AUGGACGACGGGGCGUUUCAUACGCCACGUCGUCUGUCGUACCUUGCUGUACCUGGGUUGCUCGGGGCGACAUCUAGUCGUCCCGAGAAAAGUUCGAAGUCCGCGGGCGACAUCUAAUUGCUAGUUAUGAACAAAGGAGAAAUCAACGAUACCUCGGAUCCUGUGUUGAUUAGGAACUUGACGGGAACAGCAGUUACUGAAGUGGAUAGUAGGACAACCGGAAGCUUUGGGGAUGUGGAAGGUCUGGUCAACAUGACUGCUGGUGGGAGAUCUUGCUCCUUUUCGUCCCUUGCCUUGUUGACUCUUGCCCUGGCCUUUUGCCUGGCCUGGACUCGACGAUCAGGAGUCAGGACUUUUGCUGCAACUUGGAGAUCUCCCUUCUCGGGAUCCCCUUGUCACGCGCAGAAGCCCCCUGUCUGCUGGCAAGGAAAGCAUCAGUCUUCUCUCUUGCGGGGGAGGUUGGUUAAGGACGUUAUCUGCGAUCUUGCUGGAGGAACUGAUGUAACCAACAAAUUGUCUUCCGCAUUCGGAGUCCACUGCUGGCGAUGUGCGCAUUCGGGUUGUGAAGAUUUCGAUCACCAAGGAAGUCAAGCAGAAGUGAGAGAAAAGCAUGUAGGACAGAAAGUGAGCGUUUUGUCAUCUCAGAACGAUCCUCUUGGCGUUUCAUCUGACGAUGGUUUCUUGAAUGGGACAAAUGCUGAAAGGAAGACUCUCGAAUCGAAGGGAGGAAUGGAAUUUGUGGAAGUCGUUGCCUUCUCAUCCCAUGCCCAUGUCUUGAGAGUGGUUCCGUAUGUGCUGUGUUCGAUCAAAAAGCCGAGAAAGUCGGAGCAGAUUCUUUAUCCAGAAUUGAAUGUGCUUGUGGAGAAAACGAAAACCCCGCCAUGUUCUGCAGAUGUGACGCUGUUGGACACCGACUAUGAAAUCAGUGUGGUGACUGGAAUCUGCGGAAAAAAUCGCAGAUCACAAAAGUUCUCGACUCAUGCGUGA